CUUUUUCAGGUUUGUUCAUCUUCCUCAGCUCCAGCGUGCAUCGACGCUCUUUCAGAAACCGGUUUCGAGGAAACCGCUCGAACUUCAAAGUCAGGCUCGGCAACAGAAUCCUGAUGAACAUGAUCCACUUUGUGAAAGAGCUGGCGGUGUUUCGUCACUUCUUCCUAAUGGUGGAGCAGCCGCACUCGUCCGUUAUGGCAAAAUUCCCCGAGAUGAAGCUGCUCCUAAAGUCAUUUCAUAUGACCCGGGACCGGCGACACAGAGAUGAAGCUGGAGGAGUGCAAAGAAGCUGAGCCCGAGAAGGCAGUGCCAGAAGUUGCUGAGGGCGAAAAGGAUGGAAAAGAGGGAAAUAAGAAGAACCAAGAGGAACCUGAGGAGGCGCGCUCUCAGAGACGGCUCUUGGUUGUUGGUCGUGAGGAGGAAAACAUCGAUUAUUUGAAGGAACUGGAGGAAGAACUUGAGCAGGCAGAGUAUGAUGUCUUCGAGGUUGAGGAUGACUGGGCUUUGCUGAGUUUGCGCUUUGAGCUGCACUUGCUGGCACACGCUUUCCUUCACGACUGUGGGGAUCCGGAGAGGUCUGGCAUUUAUCCAGACCAUUUGCUUUUCUACUACAGCAGGUACUUCAAGAAGGGUUUGAAUCCCAAGAACUAUGGCGUGGACAAUGUGGAGGAGCUCGUUGGCCUCGUCCGGGACGCUGUGGUCUUAAUGUGCCCACCAAAGGUCCUGGAGUCAACUUUGGCUGCUGAGCUGGAGGGCAAUGUGGAGGGCUGA